AUGGAACUCAACCGAGAAUUUUUUCGCUCCAUAAUUUAUUACAACUUUCAGAGACAAUUAUCGCAACAAGAAUGCCUUGCUGAGUUACUGUCUGAUUUCGGCAACGAAGCGCCACAUCAGUCGACAAUUUCCCGUUGGUAUGGAGAAUUCAAACGUGGACGGGUGAUCACCCAGGAAAACGUCGAUGCUGUGUGCAAACUCAUCAUUGAAGAUAGACAUGUGACAUAUCGCGAGAUUGAGGCGUCCUUGAAGAUCUUAAAGACCUCAAUUGAAAAAAUUUUACAGGAAGAAUUAGGAGUAAGAAAAUUAGUUUCUCGUUGGAUGCCCCACCUGUUGACUGAAGAGCAGAAAGCAGCCAGGGUUAAUUGGUGUCAAAAAACGCUUGACCGUUUCAAUUUCGGAAACUCAAAAAAUGUGUACAGCAUUGUUAGUGGUGAUGAAUCGUGGAUUUACUGUUAUGAACCAGAAAAUAAACGACAGUCGGCUGUUUGGGUGUUCCAAGAUGAAGAAAAGCCAACAAAAAUGGUCGCGACAUUUGUGUCAAAAGCGGGUCAUACUCGUAUUGCAACAAUUCCUCUUAAUAAGCAAAGAACUCUUCAAAGAAUCAACCCCGAAAGAAGAAUCAUCCUCCACCAACACAAUGCAAGCUCGCACACAGCCCAAAAAACAAGGCAGUAUUUAACGGAAGAAAACGUGGAAUUAUUGGACCAUCCUCCAUAUAGUCCCGAUCUAAGUCCUAACGAUUUCUUUACUUUCCAGAAAAUUAAAAACAGUCUGUGUGGUCAAAGGGUCCAGUCACCAGAAGAAGCAUUUGACGCAUUCAAAAAUGCCGUUUUGGAUUGGCCAGCAAACGAGUGGAAUAAGUGCUUCGAAAAUUGGUUCGGGCGCAUGCAGAUGUGUAUUAAUCUUCAUGGAGAAUACUUCGAAAAACAAUAA